UACAAACAUUUCACAAUGAGUAACGACAAGCAAGAAGUCUUGUAUGGAUGUAAAUUCAUACUUGUCGAAUUCCAAGACGAUUGUCAAAGUGGCAAUAAACUUUUACCAAUAGAGUUGGUACCGAAGACGUGGGUAAAAGUAGUUGAAGGUCAAUACUUUUGUAAAUAUCCCCCAGAAAAAGUCUUCGAGUAUGUAGGAAAAUGGACUAAUGAAGAAAAAGAUCCGGAACGUAGCUGGAAAUCUUAUCCAGUUAUACUCUUCCAUGGCGCAGCUGAUUUCGAUCAAGGCAAAAGACGUCUUGGAAGAGCAUAUCAAACGCGAAGCUGUGCCAUUACUGAUGGCGAAAGAAGGAAAAGCUCGGUUAAAGAUGACGUUAUUUCAAAUUCUGAUAUCCAUAAAAUGCUCUGUGUCAAAACUUCCAUGAACGUGAAUUCGAACGACGGAGAAACAGGCAGCGAAACCGAUUCAGUUUCACAUAAAUGGAGAUCGCAAGGGACUAGGCUAAAGCAACGCGCAUCGUUGAAGAAAAAGUCGAGGAACAGACAUGAUGUCUCUGAUGACAGUUCAGAUUCCAAAGCAUCGACCGACUCGGCUUAUUCGCCAAUCGGGAAUCUCAAGAAACAAUCUCAAAAAAGCAAACACCGUGCAUCUCGUUCUAUGACGAAUCCACAUUUGAAAACCGCAAGUAUCGACAAUAUUGAAGUUGUGUUGCUGGAAAUCGAUCUAACGGAGACCGAGGACCCGCGUCACCCACAAACAUUCAGGGAGGGUCGAACUCAGAGAUCUAAAGGCGAUGAUCAUCAAAGUAACAAUAGCAAGGACUUGGAGUCGGAACUACACACAACCUCUAAAACUGUGAAAAGGUCAUCUACUAAGAAAAGGAAUUUCAUUUUUGAGGCUCUCGAAAGCUCUAUUAACCAAAGAUUAAAAUCUGUCAAAGACAGCAUUCUUUAUAACAUUGAACAUAAAUUGGAAGAACUGAAACUGGCUAUCGUGGCGUCCAACAUUCCUCGAGUUCCCCACGAAACUGUUGAUACAUUGGUUAAAUCCGUUAACACGCCCUUGCCGAUUGGAAGCUUGAACGAUUUUUUGGAAUUCGAUAAAGCUGUAAGCGAAGAGCAAAAGAAAAAAGACGCAUUGAUUGCUCUGUUCAACUUCCUUUGCUUCGAACACCCAUCGAGUCAGAAAUGCAUUGAUAACGCGCUGCCAAGAAUUUUCCGGAAGAAAGUUCAGGGAAAAUAUUCGGGUCAAGGAAAAAAGGUUAAAGGAGUCGGGAAAUUGGAUUUCAGCGCUACAGCGACUUUUGCGUGUUUUCAAGAGGCAAUAAGAACGAAGUUCGGCGAAUCUGACGAAUCCAAAGCACUGAAUUCGAAGAUUGGUAUUUGGCUGUCGAAUUUUGGAGAUCGAGAAGGUGGACGUCAGGAGCGUCCCUUUUUCGAGAGCUGAGCAUAAGCUUUGAAAAAAAAAACAUGAUUCCCCUUCCCCUUACAUUUUGCAAAAUCAGGAAAAGGUUUUUAUUACCAUCGCAUAUUCUUCAAAUGCUUUAAAAAAUGCGUAUGAAACAAAUCUGUUUUUUUUCGAUAUAAUUAUUUGCUUCUCAUUUUGCUAUUUAAUCUAAACAACACUUUUCAUAGAAAAUAAAACGUUUGUAGUAUCGAAUUAAUGUUGUGCUGUUUCUCUUACAUUUCGUUGUCAUGUUUCAUGACUUUUUUAUCUUUAAAAAAAUAUAAAAUUGUAAAUUACAGGCGAGCGACUUACAGUAAAAUUCAUUUUACUAUACUAACAUGUCAAAUAAACUGUCUUCAUUUAACAAUAAAUCGAGCGGUGCGCAAAUAUUGAAGACUAUAUUGAACCCCUAUAAAGAUUGAGUGUUGGGCCAUCAUCGGGGUAUUACAUCGGCCGAAUAUUAAAAUUACUUCUCUGCUUAGGCACGCAUCCAACAGUGGCCUUAUAUUGAGAGCAGAUGAUGGGGCCGUCGUUGAGCAUUUAUAUUGGCUGAUUAUUGCGACCAAUUCUUGGUCUAUGCAAGCGCCCAAUGAUGGGCUUAAAUCGAGUGCAGAUUAUUGGCCUAUUCAAGAUUAGUCAUUUUGGGGCCAAUAUGGACUGCCAACAUUGGCAUAAGGUUAUCAUCCAAGAUUUGCUUGAUGAUUGGACCAAGCUUGAAUGUCAAUGUUGGCACUAUCGGCAGCGAGGUUAGCCCAAGCAUCGACCCGUUCCGAUUAACCUCCGUAAAGUUAGCCGGGCAACUUCGACUUAUCGAAUUUCUGUACUUGCACAUCGAUUGUUAGUCAUUUGUUAUUGAUUGUUAGACUAAUUAAAACAUUUGUUAGAUAAUAGUUUCUUUGCAAUAACGAAAAUAAAUUUUAGUGUUAAGUUAGCCG